AUUACUUUUACAACAUACAAGCCCUCUUACCUUAACGGCCCUAUCAUGCCCUCGUUUCUGCUGGUUAAGCCCCCACUCCGUGCCGGAUACGGCUCAUCACACUUCGAGCCGCAUUAAGAAGAAAAAAAAAGUUUCACCAUCACCACCCCACUUUCAAGCAUUACACAAUGGCGAAGAGCAAGAAAAAGAGCAACCAGUUGACGGCGGCGCUUGAGUCCCGCGUGGCUCCGUGCCUCGAAUUCAACUUUGACGACCCCAUUUUCGCAGUGGCUGCCCACCCAACCAGUCCGCUCAUAGCGACAGGGUUGGGGACCGGGCAUGUCUACAUGCACAAGUAUAACGGGGAGCGGUUGGAGGAACGUGCACAGGCGAAGAAGGAGUCGUACGAGCUCUCCGAUAAGGGCAGGACUAGCGAAAAAAAGACUGUUAGCAAGUCCAUCUACCAGAGUAAGAAGAAGUGGUGGGGCGUGUACGACGCGCAAAACAUGGAUGAAGGCGACGAGGACUUUAGCAUGGCAUGGAAGACACGCCGCCACAAAGGCAGUUGCCGCUCGGUAGUGUUUGACUCGCGCACCGGCGAAGACGUCUACACCAUUGGGACCGACAAGAUUAUCAAGAUGGCCAGUUCCGCCACCGGUAAGGUGAUCAACAAGAUCCCAACCAACCUCUCGGUCGAUGGCGACCAAGUAAACAAGCUCCUCCAUUCCGCCACCGAGCACAACUUCUUGGUGGCCGGGACUGAGGCCGGGGACGUGCAUGUCUAUGACUCCAGAACGUUGGGCGACAAGUUUACCGUCAAGAACGUGCACGAGGACGCGGUCAACUAUAUGGCACAGAUGUCUGCAACGUCGUCGUACCACUUCCUCUCCGUUGGGUCCACGACGCUUGUGCACUUUGACAUCAGAAAGGGAGUCAUCACCACCUCCGACGAGCAGGACGAUGAGAUCAUGUCGAUGUGUUUCCCUGACGUCACCGAUAACAAUACGGUUGCGGCUGGAAUGGGUGAGGGAGUGGUCACGAUGUGGAAGAAGGACAAAAACAACUUCCGCGACCAGUUGACACGGGUGCGUGUGUCCAGGGACAAUUCUAUCGACUGUAUGAUUUCCACCAUGGACAACGAGGAUGAGGGGGAUGCUAUCUGGGCCGGCUGCUCCGACGGGAUCUUGCACAAGGUGGAUGUCAGACGUGGGAAGUUGACGGAGUGCAGGGUCCACGGGCUCGACGACGAGAUUUUGGCCGUUGACCUCGAUCACGACUACAGAUUAAUCUCUGCCGGGAUGGAAAACAUCAAAAUCUGGUCCAACACCAGCGUUCAGUCUGACAAUGUUGAAGGCAGUGACGCGGAGGACAGUGAUGUUAAUGGUAGUGGUGUGGAUGGUAGUGAUGUGGAUGGCAACGACGCAGCGAACAGCGAUGGCUGGAGCGAUAUUGAUAGUGACGCUGGAGAUAACUCUGGUGGAAGUGGAAAAGAUGGAAGUGACUCCGAAAGCUUGAACCCAUCAGACUUUGGUUCCGACGAGCCGUCCGAGGACGAGUCCGAACCCUCUGUGUUUCAGCGCAAGAGAAGAAUCACGGAGGCUUUUGUGGCUAAGCUGACCAAGAAGAAGUUGAUCGACUUGAACAAGGGGGUACCGAAGCAACCCGUGGUGGAGGACGAGGACCAGGUGGCUGUACUCACCAAGAAGCAGAAGAAGAAGGCACAGUUGUCCAGCAAGCAGUUGAAGAACAUGCAGGACCAUGAGCACGGAAUCAGAAAGUUUGCUGAUCUUUAGGUGCCGUGUUAAGGCUUUGGUUUCAGCGUUGGGGAAUCUCAAGCAUUGGGUUCUACGAUGAGUGCAGUAUCCUGGUCCUUCAGAAAUCUGAAACACUUUUGGGUAUCAUAAUUGUCUGGAUUACGUUAACUAAGCAGAAGGAAUAUGCACGGAGCGUCGGAGAAGUGUGAAUAAUGAUCUAAAUAUAAGAGUUUCCAAGUUUAGCUCGAGGUCAUUUAACGUAUAGUAAGAAUUGCCGCUGAAAUAAAUUCGUCAUACGGGUGGAAUAGUUGAGUGCGCUAUAGAGGAAUUGGUGAAAGAUAAAUGUUCAGCACACCGAGAUCAGAUUGUUACUGAAACGUCAGUCCCGGUUUCAACCAACCUUCACUGUCGAUGAAGAAUUCGACAGAGUUGACACAAAAAACAGGGUUGUUUGCAAAAUA